AAGAAGAUAAUAACAACAAAGAAAAAGUAGUUCCAAGUAGUAGUAAUAGUGGUAACAAUAAUAAAGAUAAUGAAACUGAUAAUAAUAAUAAAGAAUAUGACAAUUCUAGUGAUGCAAAUAACAUUUCUGAUAAAUAG